UGACUAAAGAACAUCACAACUUAUUCAACAGUCCUUUAAGAAACACAAGUAAAAAUUUAAAUAUCAAAACAUGAAGGUAUUCAUUACUUUAGCUGUUGUUUGCUUAAUUGCCAGUGUUUUGCCAUCGCCCCUCGAACUGAACGAAGAACAAAAAGCCAAAGCCAAGCAAUACUUCGAGGAAUGCAUUAAACAGGAAAAUGUCUCCGAUGAAGAUGCCAACAAAUUGCGCCAAAAGGACUUUGCUAAUCCCUCACAAAAUUUGAAAUGUUUUGGUACCUGUUUCUUUGAAAAAGUAGGCACCUUGAAGGACAGCCAAGUGCAAGAAGAUGUUGUUUUGGCCAAAUUGGGCUCCAUCCUUGGUGAGGAAAAGACUAAGACUAUUUUGGCCAAAUGUAAAGAUGUCAAGGGUGCAGAUCGCUGUGAUACUGGUUUCAAAAUCUAUGAAUGUUUCGAAAGUGCUAAGGCUGAAGUAGCUGCUUAGAUAUUUAAUUGGCAGUUUAACAAAAUUUAAAAAGUAUUAAAUGAGAAGGAUAAAUGUAAAUUGUUUAAAAUAAAGUUUUAAAAGAAAAAUUAAA